AUGGCUGUGCCUACCCCGCUGCCUCCCAGCCUACGCUGGCGCUUGGUGGCCUUCAGUGGCUCCCUCUUCAUCAACAACAAGACGUGGGACAGCGGCACUGCCCCGACCUCCCAGCCAGCUCACAAGGUGCUGUCCAGCCUGCCCCUCCAGGUGAUGCUCUACUUCAAUGUCUACUACUUCCCAGUCUGGUGCCUGGCUGAGGGGAUUAUGCUGUACCUGAAGUACCACCUGCUGCCUUGGCACUAUCAGUUCCUGCUGGUCACAGCCUUCCUCAUCCUCUCACUGGCUGAGGGCUCCCGCCUCUACCUGGGCUACCUGGGGAAUCUCCAGGAGAAGGUGCCUGAGCUGGCUGGGUUCCUGCUCCUCUCCUUCUUGAUCCAGCUGCCCCUCCUGCUCUUCCUGCUGACGGACAGGCAGGUCAUCCACCUACCGCUGGAGGUGCCCAUGCACAGCUUGUUCCUGGUCUUCCUCCUCCUCGAGAUCGUGGCUGCCUUCCUGGUGCUGAGGACUAUGACCAAGCAGCUGGCGGCACAGUUCUACCUGCGGCAGUUCCAGGAGAGUGGGAGGGGCCGGCUGGAGCCCGGGGCACAGGGGGACAGGCAGCUGAGAUGGGGUGAUGCUGCAUGA